GCAAGUUUUGAGAUGUUCCGGCUUGUCGAAGUUGGCGACGCCGAGGCUGCCCAUGCCAUUGAAGCGGCUUCGUACCCCGUGGACGAAGCUGCGAGUCUGGCCCAGAUUCAGGCGCGACUAGCGGACGCAAGUGGCUUCUUCUUUGGCGCCUACGCGUCGGACGGAGCGCUCGUUGGCUUUGUCAAUGGCACGCUGGCCGCCGAGCGCGAACUCACGGCCGCGAGUCUCUCCACGCACGACCCGAGCGGCCGGUUUCUGUGCAUUUACUCGGUGGUCGUGGAGGCGGCGCACCGUUGCGACGGCCUCGGCGCAGCCCUCCUGCGCGCCUACCUCGCACACGUCCAGCAGCACCACCCAUACGUGGACGCGAUCGUGCUGCUGGCCAAGCCUGCGCUCGUGCAAUGGUACGUCCGCUGUGGCUUUGCCGUGACGCGGCUCUCGCCGGUCGUCCACGGCCAGGACACAUGGCUCGAGCUUGUCUUCGACUGCGUGGCGGCGCAAGCGAUCGACGUCGUUCAAGUCGACGCGUUUGCACGCAAAGCGUUCGAAGGCAACCCCGCGGCCGUCGUCGUGUUGACUCCGACACAGUUUUUCGCGCCUGGUGCUGCCACGUGGAUGCAGCAGGUCGCGCUCGAGCGCAACUUGAGCGAGACCGCCUUUGUGGCACCGCACGGCGCUAGCCUCAUGGACUUUCACCUUCGCUGGUUCAAACCAGCCAAGGAGGUCGUUAUUUGCGGCCACGCGACGCUCGCGGCCGCCUACACGCUGUACGUCGAUGGCCAUUGCGCCAAGGACGCACCCAUUCGCUUCCACACCAAGAGCGGGGUGCUCACCACACGCUACGUGACGCAGCCCGACGGAAUCGCUGGCAUCGAGAUGGACUUUCCCACAAUGCACUUUGUGGCGCGUGACGAGGCGUGGCACGUCGCGACGUCAUCAACGCUUGUCGCGGCACUCGGGGUGGCCGUCCAUGACGUCGUUGCGAUCGAGCAGUACGGCACCGACAUCAUUUGCCACGUGAUCCCAACCGCCUUUGCCGACAUGACCCCGAACUUUAGCUUGCUUCUCGCCCUCGAGUGCCGUGCCACGAUAGUCACGUGUGCGGCGCCCGUCGACUCGGGCUAUGACUUUUAUAGCCGCUUUUUCGGGCCUCGAAGCGGCGUCCACGAGGAUCCCGUCACAGGCAGCGCCCACUGCGCACUCGCGCCGUACUGGGCGACGCUGCUGCCACAAGCGAGCUUCCGCGGUCGACAGAAGAGCGCGCGGGGCGGUGACGUGAGCGCCCGCGUGGCCGGCGACCGCGUCUUCCUCUUUGGCACCGCCGUCUUGACACUGCGCGGAACACUCCUCGGCUGAGCAAACAUACAACGAGCAGCUUACUACUGUCGGACAUCGCCUGCCCCGACCAGUAUGUGUUUGUCACUCCUCAAUAGACUCAAUCUCUACCA